AUGAAGCACUUUCCCGCUUUAGAUGAACUGAUACGUGUCGAACCCAGAAAAGCUGGACUCGUAAGAUGUGAGUUGGUCGCCCACGAAUGUGCGGAGUCAGUCACACCAGACGCCGACGAAUUGUCUUCAUCCACAUCAUCAUCAUCAUCGUCGUCGUCUUCUUCUUCUUCCUCUUCAUCCUCGUCUUCAUCAUCGACACCAUCGUUGCCAUCACGUGACUAUUUGCCUCCGUCUGAAGACGUUAACCUGGGCCCCUCGGAUGAAGAUGAAUCGUCUUCAUGUCAAAAUGCCAUGGUGAUCUACACCACCAUGCAAUACAACGAUCGCCGUCAAGAACUUAGUGUCUUCUUCCGAAACAUUGUGAAUCUUCAAAGCGCAAAGAAACACAAGGUUAAGUGCGUACUCUUGACAGCUGACGGCCGACGAUUAGAAAAGCGCACUCACUCCAGAUCCGGCCCGAAUCCCUACUUUAACGAGGAAGUCAUAUUCAAACGUCUUGUGCGAUCCGAUAUUUCCUGUGGCCACUUGCUACUUACCGCACUGCGAAAGGAUCGUUGGAAGAAGAGCGCUGUCGGCAUGGGAGUCAUUCGUGGCUCGGAAAUCAACCUUGAACGCGAUGAAGCUCACAGCACCGUUGUCUGCCAACAUCACCACUCAGAGAUUGAAAAACAGCUGGAACUCGAAUCGGAGAACGUCUCGACGGAGCCUGAUAGCAUUCUGCGCAUAAUCUACCCGCAGUCUUGUGACCAAAUUGAAAUUCACCAACAGAAUGUGUAA